GACGGCUCCCUUUGUCGGCCGGGCGCGCGCUCCUGCUGGCCGUUGGGCGGGUUUCCUCGCGAUGCUGCUCCCGCCGCCGCCGCCGCCCUCCACGCUGGCGCCGGGCGGCUCCCCGGGACCCGGAGCGCGAGUUGCGGGGCUGGAGCUGCAAAACGAGGCCGGCCUUGGAGAGCAGCAGGGCGGGGAGGCGGCGCGUCGAGGCCGCGGCGGGGCCAUGGCUGAGUGCACCCGGAGCUGGCCGGCCGGGGCGUCGUUCGAGGCGGAGGCCGCUGCGUCAGCUGCCCAUGAAGCGCGUGAGAACGCUUGUCCCCGCUGGGGAGCUCAGCACGCCGGAGCCCGGGAGCUGGCCGAGCUGUACUCGCCCGGGAAGAGGUUGCAAGAAUGGAUCAGUGUCAUCUUAUGUUUUUCUCUGAUGACUUUCAACUUCUACAAUCUCAUCUUCUGUGUGAGAUGGGAGCAUGCAUUCUCUAUUAUUUUUGGGAUAUUUGCAGGAGUCAUUACUGCGGACUUCGUUUCGGGUCUGGUGCACUGGGGAGCAGACACCUGGGGAUCUGUGGAGUUGCCAAUAGUUGGAAAGGCUUUUAUCAGACCGUUCAGAGAGCAUCACAUUGACCCAACAGCAAUUACCAGACAUGACUUCAUAGAGACCAAUGGAGAUAACUGCAUGUUGACCGUGGUUCCACUAGCAAAUAUGGCCUACAGAAUGGUUUCUUUAUCACCAGAAGCAUUACACCAAGCGUGCCCCUGGGAGUGUUAUGUCUUUGCCCUGGCGAUAUUUGUAACACUGACAAACCAAAUUCAUAAGUGGUCUCACACCUACUUUGGUCUUCCUUGCUGGGUCGUCUUUCUGCAGGACUGGCACAUCAUCCUGCCACGGAAACACCACAGAAUCCACCACGUGUCUCCUCAUGAAACCUAUUUCUGUAUUACUACAGGCUGGCUCAACUAUCCAUUAGAGAAAAUCGGAUUUUGGAGUUUCCUGGAGAGUAUCAUUCAAAGACUGACAGGAGAAAAACCUAGAGCAGACGAUAUGAAAUGGGCUCACAAAAUUAAAUAACUUCUUGACAGGCUUCUGCAGCCCUCACAUCUGUUGCCAAUAUUUUUAAACAAAAAAAAAAGCCAUCAGCCAAAUUAAAGACUUGCAAAGAAAUAAUGGACUAAAGCACAACGCUUUUUUUAAAAAGAGAUGUGCUAACAGACUGCAGUUAAAGGACUCACUCUUCAAAAUAAUACUUGAAAUGCAAAUGGAUUUUCCAUUUGCACUGAGCACCUUCUGUUAGCCGCAUCUAAUGAUGUCGAACACACUCAUCCUUGAGUCUCAAAAGCCAUUAGUUGAAGAAAACAAGUCUACCAUUUCUAGUAAGAUAAUGUCAGUGGCACAAAUAAUAAAUGUGUUGUAUCAACAUGAAUUACCACUUCAAAGUAGGUUAGGACAGUGCGGGAUAACGAGGAGAGCAAGCAAGCACUACACCCUUCGAAGAGCGAAUCCAGAUUUACUGCAUGAAAUCCAGCCGGAGGAAAGGGAGUCAGCAAAAUUGUCACCAUUUAGUGCUUGGCACCCCGGGCAGCUGCUUCAUCUUGCAAUCAUGUCCAGUCUUCGUCUGCCGUGUGCAACAGAACAUUUGAGAGCCUCACUCUUCUAGUGGAUUAAGGAUCCUUUUAAUGUUGUCUUUCUCUUGAAAUAAAGCAAGUGUUCUACUUGUCCCUUGGUCAUGUGAGCAGACCAUUGAUGUGUAAACCUGUGACUACCUUGGGAACAAUUGGGUGGGCGGGGGAGACGGUGAGCUGAGCACACUGUGUGGAAAUAUCCAAGACCACCACUAGUGUUAGGUAAUUUUAGUGCUCUGUGAUGUGGAGCGGAGUUCCCUUUCAGUAUGACUUCAUCUUCAAAGAGUUAUUAAAAAGUAGUCCUAGAAAACUGGGCACAUUUAUCUGUCCAUUUAUCUUAGAAAAGGAUAGGUUAACAGUGUAUAUUAAAGGUGCUUGCUGAUUCCUGUAAAUAUUUAUAAAGCCUUAAUUAUUUUUUUUUGGUGUAACAUGGAAUAAUAUUUUAAUGUGGUCUAAAUGUAUAUAAGGUAUUUAUAACGGUUCGAUAAUACUAAUCACGUUUGUUAA